AAGAUGUUGCAUGUCUCUUCUGCAAUGAAAAGCCUUCCUGCUCACAGUGAAUAACAGCUGGACAUUUGUUCUGCUUUAAAAUUCCUAAAGUGAAAGAUAAGGCUAAUAUCCUUAAAAAUGCUCCCUACUCCUGCAUACCGUGUAUAAAAAUAUUUUUUACUUUAUUUUUAAUCUGGUUCAUUCAUGUUAUCCUGCAACUUCAGCUCCCACAUGUCAGUAUGUGGCUGCUGCAGGGGAGAGGAAGGAGCUCUGAGAACAGCUGCACCAUGAAAGCCUAUAGGUUAUGUCAGGGCUCUGGGAAUUCACAGCUGUUAAGUGCUUCUUUACAUGUGAUUAGAGAUGCAGAAUCGCAUGACCAGAUUAAAAAAAAAAGGUAAUUACUCAGAUCUCUUUUUAUGCAGGAUAGGUAGGAGGGAAUAAUUUUUUUGAAAAGUUUAUAGUUACUUUUUAUAGUUAAAAUGGUAGUAAAGGUUAUCAAAUCUCCAAAUUACUUUUUUUUUUUUUUUUUGUGCUGCUGCGUUACAGCUUUGUUAGGGGCUGGCUACAUUCUCCAUGGUUAUAUAUAGAACAUAGUCGCCCUGUCUUGUUCCAAGAUGGACUAUGUGAUGUGUAGUGUAUAUAGAGCAGUGCACAUGACAGCAACUAACGUGCACUGUUCAUUCCAUACAGAAACCAGAAGGAAAAGGAGAGGUUCAGGAGCUCACAAAGGCAGAAAACACAAAGUUGCGUUGAUUGACUAGUAUACUAGCUUAAAAGAGAAAUCAAAAUGGCUGAUGACAUUGAUAUAGAAGCGAUGCUGGAAGCUCCUUACAGGAAGGACGAGAACAAACAGAACAGUGCCAAUGGACAUGAGGAGCGUAGCAAGAAGAAAAAGAAGAGCAAAAGUAGGAGCCGCAGUCGCGAGCCGAAACGUAGCCGUAGCAAGACUCGUAAGCAUAGUAAGGAGCGAGAGAAAAAAAGAAGCGGAAGCAAAGAGAAGAAACGUAGCCGCAGUAAGGAACGAAAAAGGAGCCGUUCAAAAAGUAGAGAUCGUAAAUUCAGAGGUCGAUACAGAAGCCCAUACUCUGGACCAAAAUUUGGAGCCCCCAUGCGUGGAAAGAUGGGAGUACCACAUGGUGUGAAGCUAAGGCGUAGGUCAAAGAGCAGAAGUCCUCAAAAAAGAGAGAAAAGCCCUGUAAGAGAACCAAUAGAUAAUCUUACACCGGAGGAGAGGGAUGCACGUACUGUCUUUUGCAUGCAGCUAGCGGCCAGAAUCCGGCCAAGAGAUCUUGAAGAGUUUUUCUCCACUGUAGGAAAGGUCCGUGAUGUACGAAUGAUUUCAGAUAGAAAUUCCAGGCGCUCUAAGGGCAUUGCUUAUGUGGAGUUUGUUGAUGUCAGUUCAGUACCUUUAGCCAUUGGCUUAACAGGACAGAGAGUCUUGGGUGUUCCUAUUAUAGUUCAAGCUUCUCAGGCCGAAAAGAACAGAGCUGCCGCUUUGGCCAAUAAUUUACAGAAAGGCACUGCAGGACCAAUGAGGCUGUAUGUUGGAUCUUUGCACUUUAACAUAACAGAAGACAUGCUACGUGGAAUAUUUGAACCAUUUGGCAGAAUCGAAAGCAUCCAACUUAUGAUGGACAGCGAAACUGGCCGCUCCAAGGGAUAUGGAUUUAUUACUUUCUCAGAUUCCGAAUGUGCCAAAAAAGCUCUAGAGCAGUUAAACGGCUUUGAGCUUGCUGGGCGCCCUAUGAAGGUCGGUCAUGUGACGGAGCGUACUGAUGCUUCAAAUGCCAGUUCAUUUUUGGAUAGUGAUGAGCUUGAGAGAACUGGAAUAGACCUUGGAACCACUGGUAGACUUCAGCUUAUGGCAAGGCUGGCAGAAGGUACGGGUCUACAGAUUCCCCCAGCUGCUCAGCAAGCUUUACAGAUGAGUGGGUCAUUAGCUUUUGGAGCUGUACAAGAUCUCCAGACAAGAAUUACACAACAAAGUGAAGUCCCCAAACCAUCUCCUGAUAGAACAGAACCUUGGGGGCAAGCUGCACAUGCUCCAUUUGCUCUUGCUGCUGCUUCUGCUGCUGCAAUCCAGAUGACUUCAGCCACAUUACCUAUACCACCAGCAGCAACUCAGCCACUCGCUACCCAGUGCUUCCAGUUGUCGAAUAUGUUUAACCCUCAGACGGAAGAUGAGCAAGGCUGGGACACAGAGAUAAAAGAUGAUGUCAUUGAAGAAUGCAACAAACAUGGAGGAGUUGUACACAUUUAUGUAGAUAAAAGUUCACCACAGGGAAAUGUUUAUGUGAAAUGUCCAACUAUAGCAUCUGCAAUAGCUGCAGUUAAUGCACUACAUGGGAGGUGGUUUGCUGGUAAGAUGAUAACAGCUGCGUACGUCCCACUUCCAACUUACCACAGCCUCUUCCCAGACUCCAUGACCUCGACUCAGCUUCUGUUUCCUGUUCGUCGAUGAAACAGACUGCUACAGUUUUUUUGUACAUAGCUUUUUUUUUUUUUUUUCUUCAAGUGUUGAGAGAGGAGAGUGUCAGAUUUUGUCUUUUUAUUUAGCUCCAAAUGAAGAAGAAUGGGUGUAACUUUGUAAAUUCUAAUACCUUAAAUUUAAAGGAUGAAUGCAAUGUAUUGGCUAACCAGCAUUCAGCCCCAUCCAUUUGCUGUGCUGCCUUACAUCCUGAAAGAAGUGGCUCAGACAGUACAAGGUAAAAGGGCAUUGGGGGGAACUGAAAUGCCUGACAUGUUUAGGUUUCACAUCAGAGGACCUCUGUUACAGAUGUUUAGCGGAUAACUUUUCACCAAAACCUAGAAGACUAAGGAAAGGGCAGGGAAAAACAAAACUGCAGUUUUUUUUUUAAGUCUCGGAUAUUACAUUUACGUAUCUGUGAAUUUAUUUUGUACAUAGUGUCAUGGUGUUUCUUAAUGCCAAACAAAAUCUCAGCUGUUUCCAGGCAUUAUUACUUUUUUUUUUAAUCUAGUUGAGAGCCAGAUUGCUGCCAGGAAAUGCCUGACGUUUUGUCUGGUUGCAUUUAAUCUUUUGCUCUUUAAGCUCUGUGAGCUCUGAAAUUAUAUAUAUUUUUUUUUUGUUAAUUUUAGUGUGUUUGAAAAGACUGCUUGAUAUUUCUAUCCAACUUUCAUAUUUCAACUAUCUUUGUAAAGAAGCGCUCAAAAUAAAAUUAUUUGAAAAAGUGUU